CUUUCUGUUAAACCAGCUGAUCGGGGGAACGUGAGAAAGAAAUUUGCCUAUUUCAUUAGUAGAAAAUUUGUUAAGCGUUUUGAAAAAACUAGAUUUUUAAAUAAAAAAGAUAACUAAUAUUGGUCAAGAUGGUUAUCAUCGCUCUGCCCACGGAGGAGGAGCGAUUGGAAUUGCUGGUUUCUCGCAUUAAGAAACUGGCAACUUACUACAAGAUCGCCGAUGACGUUUGUCCGGCUAAAAUUGCGAAUCUGACCGGAAAUUUCACAGAGGACGAGUUAUGUCGGCUAGUCCGUGAUGCUGCCAGUGGAGCCGUUUACCGAGUCACCGUUGUUGGGUGUCCGGAGGGUCUGCAAGUAAGCCAGAUCGAUUUUAUAUUGGCUCUUCACGCCAUUAAACCUAGAUUCGGUGUGCAAGAGGAGGAUCUUCGCCAAGUCAUGUCAUUUGGCUUUAUGUUCUAUGAGAAGCUGAAUGAGUUUCUCUUGACGCCGAGGAAAGGCUUGGAUUGCCAAUUGAUCGAAGGUGCCCCUAAGUCUGGGAUAACCACUGUUGCUGCUCAAUUGGCUCUUGAAAGUCGUUAUCCCUUUGUUAAAUUUAUUUCUUCGGCGGAUUUUCUCGGACUAAGCGAUGACGAAAAGUGCCAUAAGAUCCGGAAUAUCCUUAAGGAUGCGUAUGUUUCCACGCGUAGCUGCGUAAUUUUUGAUGACUUGGAGCGCAUUCUGGACUACGAUGUUUUAGGGAAACGCUGCUCCAGACGGAUAUUACAAAUGCUGACGAAUGUCUUGAGGAAACAACCGCCCAGGGGUCACGAUCUGCUCAUCCUUUGCACUUCCAAUCGCCGCCAUGUUCUGCAGGAUAUGGGCCUGCUAUCAGUUUUUACCUCGAUACGACAUGUGCCCAAUCUAUCCACAUCUGACCACAUUAUGGCCGUAAUGAAAGCUUCUAAGCGAUUCGAACCCGAUGAGCUGCGGCAAAUUGAGGUGUCCAUUAAAGGUCAUCACAUAUCAAUGGGCAUUAAGCAGUUGCUAGACCUGAUAACCUGGGUGAAUCCUCUAAAGCCAGACCGCCGGCCUUUGAAAUUCCUGGAGAAAAUGGCCGAAGCAAUGGGGUGGGGGUAGGGCCGCCUUUAAUUCCGCUUUGAGUACCUCUUAAGUCUUAAGACCUUCAAUAUCACAAAUGCAAUAUUGUAUUCAUUCGAAGUCGUUUGAAGGUCCAGAUCAAAUCUAUUUCCAUAAUACCUCCGUACUUGCAGCUUUUCCAAACGCAAACUCUAGUUAUUAUUAUAUUAUAAUCAUUAUACAUUUAAGACGCACUUGCAUUUAUUGUAUCGGUCUUAAGAUCAAAAAGAACAGCCUGCUAAUGUGAUCGGCAUAACAUUAUAUUUAUUAAGAACGUUUUACUAACCAUUUGGUUUUAUUAUACAAUGGGAACAAUAAAAAUAUAUAAUCUUUAAAUUC